CACCAUGAGCCAAGCUGACGUCGAUCGCAUCAACUUGGUGCUGCACUAUGAGAAGAUCUACAUGGCGGCGCCGACGCGCCAGCUACCAGUCACGAUCCUCACGGGCUUCCUUGGCAGUGGCAAGACAACCCUGCUCAAGCACAUCCUGAAGAACCGCCUGAACCUCCGCGUAUGCUGUUGCAUCAGCGACGUCGCGGCACUCAACGUCGACGAACAGCUCAUCACGGACUCCAAGACACGCACAUCAACUGGGGGGUUUCUCAUGGAAAACGGAUGCAUGUGUUGUCCGGUGCGCCUCGACCUCGACGACACGAGCGAGUUCAAAGACAUUGUGUGGCAAGUGCUGUCGCAAGAUGAAGGACUGGUCAUGGACUACUUGGUCGUCGAGACCAGUGGCACGACCGACCCGUUGGCGUUGAUCCAAGCGAUCCAAGCGCGAUUUGGGAAGAUGACGCGCGCGCGAUUGGAUUCCGUCGUGACGGUUGUCGACGCCGAGGCGCUUGUGGACUCUGCGCUUUGUCCCGUGGCCAAGAACCAGCUUCAAUGCGCCGACGUCGUCCUACUGAACAAGAUGGACCUGCUCGCCGACGAUCCAGAACGACAAGCCGCCGCGCGCGCCAUCGUCCAGCAAGUCGCGCCGCGCGGCGUCCAAGUGCAUGAGACAUCGUUCUGCGACGUGUACCUUCCUCGCAUUCUCGACAUUUCCCCGCCAGACGGCAUCUACAACGCCGUGAGCCACGAAAGCGUCCAAGCGCACUGGAACACGGCCGAAGCCUCAUCUUUGCGCCGCACGAAUGUCAACCUCGACCAAUACACAGUGUCGCAGGACACGUGGACCACUGAAGUGUUCGAGUCCAAGAGCCCCAUCUCCCUAGCCGCGCUGCACGCGUACGUCGGCAGUCGGCUGCCGCCCACGACGCUUCGAGCCAAAGGCAUCUUGUACAUUCAAGAAGACCCCACGCAUCGCUAUGUAUUUCAACUCAGUGGCAAACAGCGGUACAAUAUCAUAUAUAUAUAUAUGGCGAAAUCACGACAAUAUCAAGCACGAAUAUACUGGCAUCGUACGUAGCAUCCAAGUCGUGUCCACGGGCGUGUGGCCGUGCGCGCCGUCGACGCAGCUGGCAGUGAUUGGCACGGAUUUUGAGUUUGAUCAAGUGCAGAAGGACCUCGAAACGCUGUCACAGAACGACCUGGCGUCGGACGCACUCGCGUGCGCGGACCUCGUGCGCGCCGACGACCGCUUCGAGCUCGUGCACGUUACCGCAUCGCAUAUUGAGUUCCGCGUGCGAUGCCCAGUGACAACGUUGGACGAAACCAUGCUCCGCCAUCACCACCACAUCGACAUGGACGACCUGAAUGAGCAAUUGGGCGUCGCCGUCAACUUGGCCGGCGGAGGCGGCGGCCUCGUCCUCACGCUUCCCCGUCCGGAUGUGGCGCUGCUGGCGUCCGUGGCGGGCCCCCAUACCCUGCGGACCAUGUGGCCCCUUAUCGACCUCCACGCGACCAAAAUUCUGCACGUCGUGCGUCGUAAGCUGGCCGAGUGCAUGUGUGGCUUUUAAUUGGUCCAAAGAGAUAAAGAACUAUUACUAGGAGUGUUUGUAAUUAAUGGUUUGCCGUUGCGAG